AGAGCGCUCGGUACGGGCUUUUAUGGUGGUGGGUGGUUCAAAUGGUAGAGAAACCUUGGUAUCUAUAAUGAUAUUUCUUUCUUGAUUCAUCUCUAUUCAUUAUAGUAGUGUUAGUAUCUGCUAAAAUAUGCAUUAAUCACCGUUGGGAACUAUCUUUUUAGUCUCACGUUAACAGUAUAGCGUAGAGCUGAUAAAUAUGUGUACAUUUUUAUUCUUAAUUACAAUAAUUUUAACGUGGAUCAAGGGAGACGUAAUAGCUCCAAGGAUCACUGCAUUUGAUUGUCAUUAUUAGGAUGAGCUUGCACCAAAUCAUAAUGUCGUGUUGGUAUUCCCAAUCUCCCAAAUUUGGAAAGAUUCCCAAAGUCAAAUGACUUUCACCAAGGUUUAAGGAAAAUUUUGUGUAAUUAUCGUUAAGUUCCCUCAGAUCUGAGGGAAUUUCGGGGUUUCGGUGUCAUUUCUCAAAAGUUUUCUAUAGUCGCUUACCCAAAAAGGGUCAAAUUUUCCCCCAAAAUUGGGAGAUUGGGUUAUUCUUGUAUAUGCUGGGGUUGUAUACUAGCUUUCCAGGCUAGACUAUAAUUUAUGACCAAUCAGGUAUAAAAUAACGAGUGUUGAAUUUAGGCCCAAGAUUCACUCAUCCAUUUGGCUAGAUAGAGCCUUAGCAUUAUUACUGAUGUCAGUUCGUGAUGAAAACCCUAAAUCUAGUCCUAACCUUAACCAUCAAUUGUAAAUCAUAAUUCUAAUCCCUCACACUGGUUUAUAACCCUCAUUUAGUCCUAGUUAGUAGGUGGACUUUUUCAAGGUAACUAAGUUCACUCAAAGGUAGUCCAUAACUUAUGGUUCUACCCAAGACUUUUGAAUGUGCCAAGUGUCCAAACACUGUAUUGAUACUUUGUACUUACCAAUAGGCUUUAUAAAUCUGGUAGUGGACCCAGGUAACGUAGUUAACUCUAUAAAAACAGAUGCUAUUGGUCAUAAAAUCUGUUCUGCUUAUCUCAGGCCCUACAGUUUCAAGAUUAGUAAUGUCACAAGCCACCCGAGUGAUUGCUUCUUCGUAAUGAUCCACAUAGUAUGAAGAGAGUCGGUGGUAGCUGAACGAAGGUGUGAUACCAAUUCAUAAUGUUGAAAACCUCAGACUUUGUGAACACCACAAUCACUGGCUUUAUAACCUUCAUCUUCUGUUUCCCAAAUUGAGAUGACGUUGUUCCACUGCCCUGUGGAUCAGACCUUCCGGUCAAUGGCUCGGGGUGUGGCCCCUGAGAAAACCACCUGCUCCGGUUUGGGCACCUAAGUAGUACCCCAGCCCUCACAGAAAUCGAAUGACUUAUGUGGCGCAUAUCUAUUUGGUGCCUCCUUCUAACAAUGUUUGUUUAAAUUAAAUAACGAGAAAUAAUAAUAUUUCCUCACAUCAUCCGUAUAUUACCUUACCUCAUUCUUCGUCACUUCCCUGACUAUAAAUUAGGCAACGAAUAUUCGAUUAUCAGGAGCGUUAAUAGGCAUAUACAAAUUUGUCACUUUACCCAACUUCUAACAAUACUAACGACCACCCUUGAAUAGGCCCUAGUCUGAUAUAUAGAGAAUUAGAAUUUGCUUUUGCUGUUUUAUUCUCCAUGACGUUACUAAGUCCUGCCACUUGGACUAAUAUAUUUUUGUGUAAGUCCACAUUUUUAUACCUGCUGUGGAACAUUUUGAUCAGGGUUUUCAGGAAGCCACUAAUAGACUCACCUUUCUGUUUGCGAAUUCCCUAAAUGAUAUUUAAUUUGUUCCUGUUAGUGCCCGGAUGGAAAAACUCUUAAGGUUGUUUUUACUUCGAAAAAGAGUUUUGAUCUUCAGGUUUCGUGGUUUCUGUACUAGGUUUGUGAAAUUUGACGUCUAAAAAACGAACGUUUUCUGAAAUACACCAUGUUAAAUCGAUAGAUGUCAGGAACUUGCCAGGAGCCUUGUAAAGCAUAGUGUCUUCAAGUAGGAAACUUUUAUUUUCGCGCCGCUUUGGAAGCUUAGCCCGUACUUUCAAUUAUAUGUCCCGUCUUUCCAAAGAAUGAACUCGGACUCAUUAAGUAUACAUAAAUAUGUAACUUCUAAUCACUCUUGUUUGCUGUACUAUAAGGUUGAACAAAUGCUCGAUUCUCUUUCGUCUACUGGGGGAAAUUUAUCGUCCAUAGAGGCUUUAAAUGUAAAAGAAGUAGUUCCUGAAAGCAAUGUGAAGAAGUCGGUAUGUAAGCAGUGCUAUAUAUUUUACUACUACUAUUUGUACUUUAUCCGGGGUUUGUUUAUAUGCAAGUAUCUCAGGUAUUAUUUUUUAUUUUAUUUUAUACACAAAUUCUGGUACAACUGGUUGCUAAAAACGUAUACUACACUCAAAAUAAAGAUAACGUCGUAAAGAAAUGAAGCAGGGAUUACAACCGAAAAGUGAACAAUAACAUCAAUGGAGAUUAAUUUCAUUUAAAAAUACAACCAAAAAAACGACUCAGUUAAGGGAGUCCUUAUUUUUAUGUGAAAUGACAAAGGCCGCUAACUUCUAUUUCGAAUUAUAUUUAAUGUGUAAAUCCAUUGAGUUACAUGGCCUCCAGGCGCCCCCGCUUUCAUAUUAGUACAGUAAGUAGGAAGUCCCUGGAGGUUGUAAAUAUCUAAACUUAUAUGAUUAUUUCGAGAGGGAAGAUAGAUUCUUCCUACCAGAGCACAUGUCAGUCAGUCGGCUACAACGUAGAACCAGGCACAUAUAUGCAUCGGUUUAAGUUGCCACACCUCAUUAGCACAACAAGAUAAACACCGAAUUCGUGGAAGUAGUUAAUUCAAUGUUGGUAGUAUACAAAAGAGAAGAGCACGUGUAGAACAACCUUACGUUCAGUGGAUCUGGUCUGUUUUGCCUUCGCUUUUGUUGAUCAUACAUCACGGAUUUAAAAUACUGAUGCGCUUUAUUUGUCUUUCUUAAGUAAACGAACCUGUGGCUGACGCUGCAUUCAUUGGCGUAGAAUGAAAUAGAAGCCUAUUAUUGUUGGUUUUAGUACAUUUUUCAUUCGGUAAGUAGCCUAACUGUCAGGAUCCAUAAGCAUUGAAUUCUAAAUUAAAACUAAAGAAAACCUGAUGGGAAUUUGAACCUUAGUAACCAAUCGAUCAUAUGCAUUAUAAAAUCUUGUAGCAAAUACUCGGAGUAAAUCUUCACAUCACCUCGAAUUCUUUUUCUCGGUCACCAAGUUCUCGCUUCUGGUCAUAGUCCAGCGAUUGAAUAUUCUAUCUGGCUCUUUUUGAGUCUUGUGGUAGUGGCGAUUUGUGUGACUGAAAUACGAACCUAGCAAGUGUUUAACACUAAUAUAUCUAAGCCCGUAUAUUUGGUUGGCUUAGAGUUUUUGGCAAGAUUUAAUCUAAAAGGGAUAAACCUAAGGCUGAUCGAUAAAGAAAUCCGUUUCAACUAUUUAUACUUGACCUUACCGCAUAUACUAGGUUCUACGUUACGGCAAUCAACUUAUUGUGGUUGUGGUCCUGGAAGCACUACUGCACCAGUUGAUUACCCAGAGAUUUCGUCUGGAAUAUCUAACCUAGAUAGUUUAAAAUUUAAAUGUAUGUAGUGAGAAGCAGAAGUUAGAUAUUUGAUGCCCAGCAAGGGUCUGAUCUGUUAUACAAAGGUGUUUUGUCCUUUUAAUGUUCGUAUGAAAUUGUCUCCUCCGUUAAUAAACUUUCAUACUUACCAUUUUACGUAUAUAAGUCCUCUUUUCCCCUUAAUAAAACUUAAAAGCCAAAUGGUCGUGAUAUCAUAGCCAGUAUAUGUCGUUUUGUUAAUCCCAUCUAACUACGAUGAGGAAGAAAUUUAAAGUUGGGACAGCACAUAUCUGUUUGAGACUCUGCAUUGAUUAUAAACAACUGGAUGGACUUAGAGUUUGUAUUGUUAGGCAUAAAAUCAUAUUCUUUGUAGUUAAUUUUAUUCCUGCGAUUUAUUUAUCUGCCUUAUUCAUUUCCCAGAUCUUACCACUUGAUCUUGUCGACAGUGAAUUAAGUGAUGAGUGUGAUAACAAUGUUGAUUCUCCACCUUCAAAUCAAAUACAUUCGUUGGAUGAAAAUAAUGAGUUAUGGACUAUUAAAGAUGAUAUUGAAGAAACAAAAGAAAAAGUUGGUCGCUGGACACUCAGCUCUGUAAGUAUUCUUAGAAGCAAUUGUAAUUUUUUAGGGUGCAGCUAAAAAGGUAUCUAAAAGUAAAUCUGGCAGACGCAAUAUAAGUCAUUCUAAACCAACUAACAUAGAAGAAGAAAGACUUCAAAUCCAUAGUGAAUCACAACGACUUGUACGAGGUCGGUUGGACAUCUUAGUUACUUUUGUUUGUUUACGUUGUAGAAGCUGAUGUACAUUUACCAGUCCACAGACCUAAACAAUUUAAAUGUUUCAGUGAGUUUCGUCAGUCUCUAAAAGGUUGCAAGUCAAAUGAAACCGAAAGUUGUGAAACCUCAUCUCAGAAUAAGUAAGUCUUUUAUAUUGGAGUGUUUUCAUGUGCUGAAUUUGUUGAGUUAUCUUUAUUGUCUUAUGAACAUAUAUUUGGUGUUUAAUGUAAAACUUAUUGUUACUGAUAUGUUUGGGCACUAAACUAAUAUUUUGUAACUCCAAUUUCAGUACGAUGAACGAGACCACUUCUAUCCUUUUCUUUCCUGCUCAGCUAACUAGAGUAAAAAGUUCAAUUUCGUAGUGGGAGAUUUGUUGAUGAUUGUGACCAGAGUAGAAAGAAUUAAAUAUAAAAUAUAUUCCACUAAACUGGAACAACAACACAGAAAAACAUGCCUGUACGGAAUUUAUAUGGGAAAUUUAUAGUUUUUUUAUUCUUCCCCUAGCGCUUAUUAGUUGACAGUGGAUUGAUUAUCGUCAAAAUUCUAUCCCACUAACACUUAAUGAUUGACAUAAUGCGACACUUAUUCACACUAGGGCUCUUUCUCAUAAUUUCCGUACUUUGACAUGAUGAAUGUCAAUCCCCUACAUCAUGUUAAGAAAUCGAACCUCUCUAGACUGGGUAUAACAGUUCUAAAAGCUUAACGAACAUCUGAAAUAAUUUCACAUAUUUGUUGGUGAUACUUAACUAUGGCUCAAUAAAUUACUAAGUAAUGUUUAGACUGUUGAUUUAGUCGUCCAGCAGUUGUAUGUGUUGCUCGGACAUGAACGUAGAGGGGAGCGUUGGUUCUGUCUAUCAAUACCAAGUUGAUACAAAAAUAAUUUGAAACUAUAGAGGUAAAUAGUUAAGUUGAUCAAACAACAUAUCCUACAUAUAUUCUUAUAAUGUUUUUGUCAGUUUCUGGUAUUCGGUUUUAUUUCGAGUGAUGGUACAUUGCAUGACUGUUUAACCUAGUGUUAUAUUGAAUGAAGACUAUAUGCUAAAUGAAUGAGUUGGUUUACGGUACUCCCUACUUGUUUCGAUGCUAUCUUGAACAAAAUAUACUUAGACUUUGCAUGGUCAAAUCGUGGCUGAUUUCUAAUCACUCAUGUUUCUCAAUAAAGUAUCCCUUUAAAUAUGUUUCUUUUCGACAGGUUAUUAUUGACUUGAGUAAUGUAGAAUCUUACAUUGGUUUCUUCGUUUAAGUUGCCAUGUUUAAAAUUAAUUUAUGUAGAGGAAAGAGAUAGUAAGAACAAAACAUUAAAAGUAACUUUAAAAGCAUAUAUAUGAACGUUGUAAACGCACAUUAAAUGAGUCUUGUCACAAUAUCUUCUGGCGAAAAUUCGCUAGUGUAAUAAACACUAUUAAAUAAAGCAAUUAUAAAUAAAAGGUUUAGAAUUAUGAUCUCAAAUUUUCGAAUUCUAUAAUAGAGGAAUACAUAGAUAUAAACUAUCUAACUUUUGGUCAGUCUUACUGAACGCCCUGAUGACACUUUUUUACUGUUCUUCGAACCCGAAAUAAGUAACCUUCAGUUGCUUUCACCAUAGGAAGAAACAAAUUUACACGUCUUCGAUAUUUGGUCAUGUUUUCUUCAUGGGCUUAAUGAUAUCAUCGGUCUAUUAAUCAUGAUGAGUAUCAACUACGGUGUAACUUAAUUCUAGAAAAAAAUUCCGAUCAUAUUAUUAGAUAGAAUACGAUUCUUACAAAACAGCGCAAAAUAUGAAUAUUGUGCUUUGUUUUAUUUAUUUCAGAUUACUUUCCGAUUGUAACUCUCAUCUUCCACCAAUUCCAGGACAAUCUACCCAAAAUGAAGAGACUGAAAAUAAAAUGGAUACCAAACCAUUCGUCUCACAAUGUUGUUCAGCCGACUAUCCUGUCGACAUUGAUUGCACCACUUUGGAACCACCAUCAAUGUCAUCUGAUGCCAAACCAUCACUCGAUGUUACAAGCGAACCAGAUGUAAUAACCAGUCUGUUACCUCGCCUUGCUGCGAGGAAAUUGAAAAAUGAUGAAAGUGAAGAAUUUUUCAUAGAUUUAGGUAGGAAUAGAUGUUCUUUUUUCAAUUUUACCUAGUGUCAGUUUUGUACUCUUUAAUUUAUUUCUAUCCAGUUAUUUAUCUACCAGCAUUAUGUCUAUUGUUAAAGCCUAGUUCUCACGUGUUCUUCUAGAUCAUAAUUAUUAGAAUAUUUUGAAGUACCUCUCAAAGUAUACAUGUAAAGGUGAGUGGACCUUACUUCGAUGAAACUUUAUAAAGUUGGUUUAGAAAGUUCAUAUAUAGGUUACUCUCUACAAUAUGUGUCCAUUAGAUAGUUCUAUAACAGUUCAUACUGCUUUAAAGCCUAUUCAUACCCAAGCUUUCUUUUAUCUCACCUCAUUUUCUGCGAAUGAUCUUGUCAACUUUUAUAUCAUCAUAAAUAACUUCUUUCUUCAUUGUUUGUUGUACACUAACUUUUUCAAGGUGAAUCAAUCCCUACUUCAAUGUCAUCUGUAACUCCUAGUCAAUUAUUAGCUCGUUUAAAAUCUCAUCUUCACGUGUCUCAUGAAAAAGUUGUACGUGGACCCAUCCAAUAUUCAAUCAUAACAAAGGUAUGUCCUAUGUAUUUGUAUGAGGACAUAUCACUAUAAGAUUUCUUUUACUAUUCCCAAAUUCUGUGCAUCACUGUAGUCCUAAUUUUAAAUCCCUCUAGUCUUUACGCUCUCAAGAGUAAACUACGCGCUUGUCUAUAUCAAGUAGUGGUUUAUGAACAAAGCAACGUUCAGUGAAUUCUAUCAAACCAAAAUAGUUCAAUCCGUCAGGAUGGUUGCUCCCAAAUAAAGAAACGAAUAAUAUAUCUGAUCAAUUAAUUAAACGUAAAAAAUACCAAUUUUCAGUGUUUCAGUAAUAUCAUGGUUGUUGUAUGGUUUUGAGUACUAUUUCUGAAUGUACUACGUGUGAUUAUUUUUAAGGAGUCCUAACCCAAACUGAUUUUUUUUUUCACUUGUACUACUGAUUUCUUGUGGGAUUACUGUAGUGCAAUACAGUCAAAACGGUUAACAAAAAUAUAGUAACAAAUAAUUGGGAUAUCCGUUGAUACUGAUCUAAUUAACAUUGAACGGGUUUAUUAAGCUACUCCGUAGAAAAUUACCAGAAAAAUGCAUCGGUCUGUAUAAAAUUGUAUCAUAAAGCCCUGGCAGUGAGCCACUAGUAAUAUACGACUCAUAUAGUUAAUCUUAUAGUCCUGUGUGUGGUGUAAUAUUGGUUAUACUCAAACUACCCUAAAUUCAUAAUAAUAGUACUUCCCAAUUUAAUACCACAUUCGGUCAGAUGUUCUUUGGUCGGCGAACUGUUUUACUUUUUUGGAGAUAGGUAACACUGAAAUUCCACUCAUCAUGACCUGGACUCAAAAUGUUUUUAGUAUAAGUAGAAUCCGUGUAAGAAUUUUCCAUCUAAACUUUGUCCUCAUGUAUUAAUAUCAAUAUAACUAAGUAUAAUUGUUCGCAGGCUGAUUUCAAGGUGUUUUGUUGUUAUUAUUCCUAUUAUCUUCAUUAACUCAGAGAUAUUCACCCGGGGUUUUGGUCCAAAAGUUGCAUAUUUUAACAUCACUACACGAUAAUCCUCUUCAUUCUCGUUCAUUGCAAGUUCUUAGAUCUUUAUGUCUGUAUUUUUUAUGUACUUGUUGAAGAGUGUAAGAACUGGAGAUACAUGACUUUUUCGAACUAUUCUCUAUUGUGUAGUUAAACUCAUGGAUUGAACAGAUAUAAAAUAUAUGCAGUGUUUAUUCGUUCAAUCAAUCUUUUUUGUAUAACAAUAUGUUGACUUUUGUUCCAUGCGCAUUUACAUUCUCUUCUCUUCAAAUUCAGCAUGUCUAUUGGCUUUAUAAUUUUAUUCAUAUUAAGGUACAAAGCACUGACGCUGAACGUGAAGAACUACAGGUAGAAACAGUUACACAUGAACCAUCCAAAGGAUUAUCAACAACUAUGUCAGUUAGUAGAAAACAUUGGUUGGAACACAGAAAAGUUCUCGAAGAAAAAAUGCGUCAGAAAAGACUAGAGCAGUAUGAAAUGCGGUUAAAGGAAGAGGGUACAUGUCCAAAGUCAACAAAUGAAAAUACUGGGGUUCGUUGUAGUAUUUGGAUUGUAAUGUUAUUUGUAUUAAUGUUUUAAUUGUUGAAUAUCUUAAGUUGUAAGAUGGUGGUUGGGAAGUAGUCGACCUAGAUUUCGUACUAUUUAGCACUCAUCAGUAAAGUAUACCUGCGAUACUACACGAACCGAUUUUUAUUUGGGAUUCGACCUUGUACUACCCAGCUUCACAGCCAAGAGACGUCACCAUUGAGUUAUCCACUCUAGAACUUAAACUAUUUGGUCGUAGGUUAAUUUAAUCCUUUUUGUUUAUGAGUUAAAUACUGUUACCAAUUUUGAAAUUUUCCAGAAGUGUAAGUUGUUUGAAUCCUGCCAUGGAUGUUAAGGACUGCAAAUGAUCAGCCUCUUUUUGUCAUAUUUGGAUCCUGUGCGGAUUGUCUCGAUAUUGCCAUCAAGUCACAACUAUUAUAAGCGGAAGUGUAUGGUGGUUAGAAGUAGAAUCCAGAACCUGCAUUUUUUCCUAUUUGAAUCCGUUAGUUAGAUGUACCCGCUUCUGUGGGAAGAUUAAAAAAUCAAUACAAAUGAAUUAAACUUUACCCUAUUGCACAAGCCGUUGGCUAUCUGUACUCAAUAGUUAGGUAGAUAACACGAUGGCGUUUAAAACAAACGGUACUGGGUUUGAAUUCUGUAGUAAGCAUCAACUCUUGGAUACACAGGUAAACCUAGCUGACGAAUCCCAACUAGGAUUAAACGCUCAUCCUCGAUUUCAUUGCUAGCCAUUAUCCACGUCUGCAUAUAAGUCACUAAUUUGCAUGAGGUCUUCCGACUAUUAUUCAGCGGUUAAUUAAUUAAUAGUAUGUAUUUGAUACUAGAAUACGCGUAUUCGAACUACUGUCCCAAAUGUAAGGUGUUACUUCUUGUAACUAAGAAAGUUGGUUUCAAUGAAAUCAUCCGAUAACAGUGGAGUCUUUGUACACAUAUCUUUAACAAUACAAAAGUUACCUUUUUAGCUUUCCACUGCAUUACAUUCAAUCUAAACUGAUAAAUGAAAAUGGAUGAUUAUUUAUUUCAUACUGACAAAUUAUAAUCUUACAUAAACACAAAAGUUACAGUCAGAUAAGCAGAAUUAUUGUAAAAGAAAAUAGUUCAUUAACUUGCUCAUUACUGACUUUUUGUACAAUCAAAUAGAAAUCAAUAGAAAUUGUUCAUACAAAAGUACUCAUAAACAAUAAUCUUAUCACAAUUUUUUUCUAAUGAAUGUAUCGAAAGCAAGAUCUUCAUCAGAUAAGAGUAUUUAGUUCAGAAGUAGUCAGUCAUCUUUAAUGAAUACUUUUAUUGCCUGAUCUAUUUUAAUUUCUUUAUUAAGACAUCCAUUGUGCUUCCUCAUUAACUUUUAUUCUAACGAUUGUGUUUAUUAAUGCGAAGACAUCACAAAUGGUGGCAUUACUAAAAAAUAAUUGUAUUCGACUAUUGUAUUAUUACAUCAUAUUUCAAUAUUUAUUUUGUUUUUUUGUCGUCAGAUAUGUUUUUAUCUAAUUUCUCUGUUUACAAUAUAUUCUUAUCGAACUAAAAAAUUUUCAGAGUAAUUAUCUAGUCAAUAAGGAAUUAGUUGGUUUUCUUACUACUGUAUAAUUGUUCAUCAUAUAUUACGUUUUUAUAGGAAGUAUCCAAUAGUGACGAAGAAUGGUCAGAAGGAGAUGCAAAUGACAGUGAAAUAUCCGAUGGAAACUCAACUACCGAGGAAGAAAAUAGUAGUGAUGGUGAAAGCGAAGAAGAAGAAGAAGAAGAAGAAGAAGAAGGAAGUGAGUCACUUGACGACGAUGAGGAAGAUGACAAUGUAGUGGUCGGUAGCAAAAAGGCUUCAAGACAGCGUCCUUGUCUCUUUGCUGAUGAUGAAGCAGAAGAAAGUGAAAAUGACGAAGUAUUUUCAGAGGCCAAUGAUCUUGAAGAUGAAGAGGCUCUAACAUGUAAAGAUUCUGCGGGUGUAAAACAAAACAAAUCUUGCAGUAAAACUAUUAGUGCCAAUAAUCUAAACAUAGAUUUUGCAAAAAAUGUAAAUCGUCUUGUUUGUGAAUCGGUUUUUCAUAAAUCAUUUAUUCAGUUAGGACCUUAACCUUGUUUUAUGUGAUCUAAGUAAUUAUAUGAUCUAGUAGUUACCUGCUUAGUAAUAUAGAUCAGUUUAUUUUUAUGUGUUAUGAUGCUUAUCAUCAACGUCCCCUGAAUGAAUUCACCUAUUCUUAUCAUUUAAUUCAAAUUUUGGUCUGAUAUUCCUCUAAAGUAUUGUUGAUGUCAAACAUGAAUAUAUACUGCUAUUGUAUUUAUGUUUUACUUCAUAUAUUUCAACUUCUCCCGCUAUUACUCACAAAUUUAUAAUCCUACUUAAACGUUUACUACUUUGUACUAAAUUAAAAAAUACUUCCCGUGCUUCUAGGUUUUCCUUGGCGGUCUAGCACCAAUUGACUCAUGAUCUCAACUAUUAAAAAAUAUUUGUUAGAGUUAGGAAAAAUAAUGCUAGAAAAUACUCUUUGAGUAUCUAAUUUUAAGAAAGUCGUUUUACGCACAACUUUGAAACUUAAGCUUUAUUUGCGUAAAUGAAUUAGUGCAUUGUUGAAUUUCUCUCAUCCGCAAAUUAUUGCCGUUAGUCCAAACCUGUCCGAAACUUAUUAAUGUAGUUAUAUUUCUCGGUAAUUUGAGUGGUAGAAACAUUCGCACUCUUUUGUGAGCACCUACUUAGAUUCUGACUACGCGUUAGAUUUCGUGUGUCUUUACCUGAAUUGUUGUGAGCAUUAUACCGCUUGGAAAUUUCGAUUCUCGAUUCGAUUAUGACUAUUAGCGUUAUACAUCAGAGGCCAAAAUAUGACAGAAGUGCUUUAGUUAUGUCAUUCACUUGCACACGCUUCAUUUUAAUUACUGAAGAUUAUUUCUAGUACAAAAAUGAUAGGUUUUCACUCAGAGGAUGUAACUCUCCUGAAAUACAAAUGUUUUGUUAUGGGUCAUGUUUUUGCAUACUGAGUGCAUUAAAGUGGUAUACAAAAUAUAUGAAUCAUUAGUGGCAAUCAAUUUUCAGUUAGGAGUUACUUAUAUAAAACAUCUUUGACCUUUGGGAAGCUAACGUUACUUGUGGUUCUCUGCCACUGUUUUUAUUUUAAAGCGAGAUUACUUAGAUUUUUUCAGAACCCAUAUUUCUCUACAUGUCAAGUCAAAAAUAGUAACAAAAUAGUAAUACAGUCGUGGACUGUAUUCAGUAUUGAGUAAUUGAAGACAAUAAUAAUUUAAUCAGUAUUUAGCACAAGUAGAUAUCAUUGAUUAUCAUUAGACAACCGAUUUAUGUAAAUGGUAUAUAUGUGCAGACUGCACUAACAACGUAGUAUUUCUCGAGUCCUUUGGGACUUUUGUUAAAGAAUGUGAAUGUUUGUUUGCCAACUAACAGGAAACCAGUUCGAACUCUGCUUACGUUUUUAAGCUACUAUUUUUGAUACUUAGACUACUUAACACUGCCUUAUCAUUAAUUUCUUCGUUUGUUAGUUUUUUAAAGACUGUCUUCGAAAAUUUAUCCUCAACUUAGUUAUUUUGUUGUCCCGCACUACAGAAUGAGUUGCGUUAGACAACCAUUAAAGAACAGGAAGCACCGGUUGGCUGUUUCGUCCUAGUAUGAAAUCCCUCAACAGUCCUCAUGCACAACCUCACCGUCGAUCGAACACACAGGGCUUACAGGUCGUACAAUAGGUACUCAACCUUUAAACCACUGAAUUGGGAUUCAAUAAUUCACAUUUGUAACUCCAGCCAAUUCGUAUUACUUUCGUUUAAAAUUUAUGGUUUAUUUACGACUUUUUCAGUCAACCAUCCUAUUGAGAAAAGAAUGAACUUAUAAAUAAAGUCGAUACUUUUUUUCUCUUAUACUAAAAACCCGUUACUGAUAAUGGAAAAAAGUAGUAAUAUUGAAGAUAGUCGAAUCCAGUUACUUCCUUUAUAAUUUAUUUGAAGUGUUUUCUCUAUUCUUUCUCUUUGUUCACUUAUAUUUAGAUUGUCAGGUCUCACACCCCUCAGAAACAACAUCUGCAGUUGGAUGAUUUCACAGAUCUACCACAGGAAAGCUCAGGGUUUAAACUUUUUUCAUGUAUGUCUUUUAAAUGUUUUAUAGUGUUUUGGGUUAUCUUUAUGGUUUAUUUUUUCACAGUCUUAAAAAUCUCAUCUUUACCUUUAGGCUUAAUUAUUCCACAAUGAGUUAUAUCUAGCAUAUCUGACUUAUUCUCACUUACAGUUAAUCAUUCGGUAUGUUAAAAUCAUGUAGAUGAUUUUAUAGAUAUUUUGUAAAGUUGUUAACGAUCAACUUAGUCUUUAAAUUGUUCUGUGUAAUAUUCUAAUCCUCUAUUCUGUUAUUCGGUCUCUGUAGAUUCGGUUGUGGUAAAAUUAUUAUGUCUGAUUAGAACAACUUUAUUACUCAACACUGUAUGUGUGAAAUCAUGUCUCAUCUCAUCAACAGUCAUUACUCUGUUUGUAGCUUGCUUUACCUAGAGCAGUUAUAGCAAUUUGGAUUGUUUAUAUUAGAGUACAUAAACAACGUUGGAGUUAUAAACCAUUCUGAACUUCGAUCAAUUCGCUAAACCGACUAUUAUCUUAUGCUCUGUUGUUCACUUCAACUUUUGCUGUUUAUGUAGGACAACAAGACUACGAAAGAAUCUUAAACGGGCAAAAUCGAAGGAAUUACGACUACGUAAGUUGCCAGAGUGAGAGUAGCAUGCGGACUAGAUCAAAAUUUCAUUUAUUUCUAAUAAAACACCAAACUUAUAUCUUUCUUACAGUAUGCCUUUAAUACAGCAUAUGAUCCGUUCAGCUUUGCUUGAAAUGCCAUACUUCUAGUUCCGUACUUAAUGGAAAGUAAAUAUCUGUAAACCUUCACAAACCAAUUGUCCUUGUUUGUCUUUAAAUAAAUCUCAAUAAUAAAGUAAUUUCAUCACACACUUUCGUAAUUGUCUGUAGUAAUUACAUUUAUAAUAUCUACACUCCAUUAGAUAAUGUUUUAAACUUAUAUUAAUUUAAUUCAGUUAUAUAUUUACUCUAAAAAGUGGCUUACGAUUAGUCACGAAACGUCAGAAAUUAUAAUUUCUAAUCAUUGGAAUAUCAUUAUUUUAUUAUCAACAUUCUCCCCAAUACUCAGUUUAUUUAAAAUUAUCAAGUCUAACCGUGAUAAUGAUACUUUAAAACUUAUUGGUAACCGUUUCAUUCCAAAAAAUUAUUAGCUCAAGUAUAGUCCUUUUUCUCUUUUCAUUCAGUUUGUUUAGUGUUACCAAGUUUGUAUAAUGUAUCGUAAUUGUUCAACAAUUAAGUGUUUUUGCUUUUAUUACCAGAAGUAAUGUGCAUUUUCACUUCCAGAAUAUUCUUUCUAGUUUUAAUACAGUUCAUCCAAUUUUCAUUAUUUCCUUAAUUCAUCUAAUUUUUGUUCAUCGUCACUUGUUUAUUGUAGCUUGCAAUAAUGGUUACAGUUUAAGUCUUCCACAAAAACAUCAUGGAACUCUAGGUCCUGCUGAUAUAGACCUUUUCGCAUCUGAAUGUUCUAGUAUUCUAGACAGUAAGUAAUUAAUAAUCAUUUUGUCUUUCUUAUAGAUUAUCUCUAUUAAUCGUUUACUCAAUCUGUAUUAUUUUCAGUUCAACAGUCAAUAAAUUCGUAAAUCGAUGCCACGUUUCUUGGUUUGAUUGCCUUUAACUUUACUCCAACCUAUUCUACACCAGGAAAUGUUACGUUUUAAUGUAGGUGGUGGUUAGGCAUGUUUAGCAUAUAUCAUAACCAUCUUAGUCGACAAAGAUCCACUACCUUAUCUACCGAUUGGCGACUAAUUUUGUGUAAAGUUAAUUCAGUUUUAUUCUUUUGUUGGUAGAUAGAUAUCCAACUUUUUCCCAAUCUAUUGUUUGUCAGUUCUAAUUAAUCAAAGGGUGUAUUAGAAAGCAUACAUUUAUUGUAUCUAUUAUUGACCGUAGUGUAGUUUGAAAUUCACAUUUAUGAUAAAAAGUUGAGUAGUAUUAUUUUCUAAAUUUUAUCUCUUAGACCUUAUAAACAUUUCAGGUAAUCAAAAUAUUUGUGUGUUUUUUACAUCACUAUGAGGGGAUUUGUGGAGGUUGUGGAACUCUCAUUUUUUGAAUCAAAACUGGUCUUAGCUGGAAGCACUGGAUGAGCAUUUCGUCCCAGUACUGAACUCCUCAACAGUACGCGUCCACUGUCCUCUAUCCAAGAAUCAAACGCGGGACCCUCUGUCUCGCACGCAAAUCCCUGAACCUUAGACGGCUGACCCGGUACCGACUAGUGUAUAUGACCAGAAGUUCUGGGUUCGAUCGUCCACUGCAUACAAGCUUCCAGUGGUGGUCUAGCUAAGGAUCAGUUCGUCCUUCAAACCAUGAGAAUUAUUUUGCAUGUUUUCUUACGGUGAAGAAGAAAUUAGUUUAAAAAUGUUAGAAAUGCUUUAUAUAUAUAUAUAUAUAUAUUAAUUUCUCUGCUGAUACAAUUCCAAUUUUUUAAUUUCAUUGUAUGCUCGGUGUAUACUUAGCAAUUUUUUCUAACUUUUUUGCCAGGAACUAUUAAUCCUCAGUCUAUAUUGGCCUCUACUCGUUUAGAUGCAACUACCAUCGGUGUAAGUAUAUCUUGUGUUUCUCUUGUUUCACACUAAACCUGACUUAACUAAUUAUGUAACAUUAUUUUUCUAAACUGAAAAUAAAUCCUUAAGUCUUAUCCUGUAUAAUAAGUAAAAAAUUGUUUUAGUGAAACUAGUCAUUUAAAUUACUAGUCAGCAUUAAUCUACAAAGGAUUAUUUUACUUUUGUAGUUGAAAAAUGAAAGCUGCGUGGUACAACUAGUGAUUGAUAUUACCAAUGUUCUGUAACAUCAUAACCCAAUGCACGAAUCAUCUACCUGUCUAUUGAUAAGAUUAUGAUAUAUUUGUGAAUUUGAAAUUAUUAAGUCGAAUUUUGGUAAUAAUACUUAUCUUUACGUAUUUUACUGAAUCUGAAAGAAAGUUUCGAAUGAACGAAACUUUAUGCUUUUGAUCAUUAUUUAAUAGAGUGUAUCUGAUAUCAAGCGAAAACACGUCUCUUUCAGUAACAUACUCGCACAGGUUUUAAACUAACCUACUCUGACUCUAGUAAAUGUUAUGUCUGAUUAACUUAAGUUGAUAAAUUUCUUUCAAAUUCAUUCCUUCAUCCAGAAGGUCAACUUUGCUCUUUUUUCCUAAUUAGGACGAAAACAAGUCUCGAUUUACCCGUAAUUCAUCUUCUCAUAGUCAAUGGAAUAAUACACCUUAUGAAUUACUGUAUUCUCAAAAGCCAAACAGUCAAUUACGUAAGCCUUGCAAGAUUUCUAUUUUUAAUCAUCGUUAGUUUAUUAAAAUAAUUUUCAUUGAUAUAACCGAUUCAUUAGUUCUCAUAUUUAUUAGUCUUCAUAAUUUCAGAGAAGCAUUUUUCCUGAAACAGAAAGAAAUGUAAUUGUCAUUAAAUUCCAACAUUGUGCUUUAAGUGGUUAGCAUAAAAGUAUUAGAAGGAAUUCUUAUUUGAAAUAAGGGUGAGACUAAUUUAUGGACGACCUUUGAGCGACGCUGGACUGACCUUGAUAGUGUCCACCUAAUAACUAGGACCAAAUGAAGGCUAUGAACCUGUGUGAGGACUUUGAGUUGUGAUUUACAGUUAACGGUUAAGGUUAGGAAUUAUAUUUAGGGUUUUCAUCAUGAUCUGACACCAGCUAUAAUGCCAAAACUUUAUUUUGCCAAAUGGAUGAGUGAAUUUCGCGCCACAAUCCGAGAUCUGCUAUCUUAUACCUGAUUGGUUCGUCCAUAAAUUAUAGUCUCGCCAAAAUGAGUUUUACGUAGAGCUUAAUUAUUUUUAAGUUCUUUCUUUAUAUUAACUAUGGACUAAAGCGUUAAAGCUGUUCCAUUAUUGGUUUGUAUUUUAUUUUGUUAGUAGCUUCCAGAUCAGAGUCUAUCACUCAAGAGUCCACUGAUGACAAUCAUAUAAUGACGUGUAAGUUCAUCUAUUAUACAAUAUCUAAUAUAUGUCACUGAAAUCACUAACCGAUCUAAGUUAGACCACCAUUGAAAACUUGGAAGCAUUGAACUGCCAUUUCGUCUGAGUGUGAAACUCAUCCGUGAUCCCGCACUCUGGAAUCUAACCUAGGACUUUCAAUUUCGCGCGCGAACCCUUGAUCUCUAGACCACUGAGUUGACAUCCGACGAUGUUAACUACUAGCUUCAAUCAAAUCACAUCAUUGUGCCACCAUCUUCCAUUGUUUGCGGUGAGUAACUAACUCACAUCUGACACGAAUUAGCACUUCUCCCAAUGUUUAUCUUUUCUGUUCAGCUUAGGUUAAAUGGGUUUCACUUAUUGAGAGAACCGCUAAGUUGUAUCUUCUCAUUCAUGCAACUAUUUGACUGGUGCUCCCGGUCUCUCAUAUUCCACGUGCCUUUAUAAAUUGCUCCUUAGUUAUCAGAAGGAGCACCGGCUUCGUGAUUUUCAAAGAAUCUUGUCUUUCACUAUUAGGCAUAAUGAUUCUUCUACGUGGUGACCCUUCAACUCCCAUGACAGAGUUUGAAUAGUUUAAAUUGUUUUUUUCAGGUUAUCGUGAUUUAGUAAGGUAUUUUUCUACGAGAAGCGGUUGCUGACCCUAUGCCUAACCCUCCUUUAUCUGGGCUUGGGACCAGUAGUAACCCUAGGAGAGCUAUAGGUGCAGUUAGAUUAGGAGAUAAACAGAAAUAUUUUCUUAGUAGCAUAACCUAGAAAUAAUGUUCGUUUUCCUUUCCGGAAAACUCUUGAACUAUUCCACAAAAAAUAAGUUAAUUUUUGUCAUUUUAGCUGUAUUCACCUCGUCUUCUAAGUGUUUCCUUCUGUUCAUCAAUAUUUCCUUCUUUUUAGCUAACCCUCAUAAUAUAUCAUCUCAGGACACGGUCUUAUUAUCUCAGGAACCAACUCAACUAAUAUCUCAGCUAGAUCCUACGAUUAUAAUAUCUGAGGCAAGGAAUUCAAGUCUUCGUGAGUUAUAAGCUUUUUAUACAUAUCUAUAGUAUCAUUAUAUGUAUUGAGCCUAUCAUUUUGAAUAAUCUUCAUUGACAUUAAUUCAUUACAUUACAUAUCUUUCAUAAUUGUAUACAAAGUCACUUUUACAAGUACAUUUCUACAGAUUGAAGAGUAAUCGACCUUUAAAGUUAUGUAAAUUUUAGUUCGUUCUUAACUGCUUUAUGCUCAUCUUCAGUGCCACAAUGAUCCCAGUCAGUUUUCACUACUCCUUGUCCAAAUUCAUAACGUUUAUCUGUUAAAUAUGAAAAAUAUCUUGUAAUUAUCGUAUUUUAUUGCGUUUAUUGUUUAACGAUAAAUACAUAUAACUGUGACGUACACAUGCUAGUGUCAAAUAUAUUUUUAUCACACUAAACCCUAUAUGAACACAUUAAGUGAUUUUUUCGAUGGUAUACUUAUUCUGCCAUAACUGUGAUUAAAAUAACAUCUUGACUACUGAAGGCGAAAAGUAUACAAUACCUUCUUGAUAUUUUUAAGUUUCCUUAAUGAAAAUUAAUUCAUUAAUUAAUAUGCCGUAGUUACAAAGUAUGAAUUUGUGUACUUAGCUUCGUUUUAUAUUUUUUUACGGGAUAGCGUACGAUUUGACUUUUAAAAUUGACAUAGGCGCAGCCGGGUUCAAACCAAUGGAGUUCAACUAUGUUGGGUGUGAUGCAGUGACACACCGAAGACAAUGGGAAACAGUUGCGCAAUGUCGUGGAUUAAUUGAAGUUAGACACCAACACCGUUAGAUCUCGCCUCAGUAGUCUAGAAAUCAAGCGUCCGCGUGAGACUGAAAGUCUUGGUUUCGAAUCCCACGUGCGGAGUCGUAGGUGAGCUCUGCUGAGGAAUGCCAUGCUAAGAUGAAACAGCCAUUCAGUGCAUCCAGGUCUUCAAUGGUAAUCUAACAUUUAUCGGUUCGUGUUCUCAAUUACAAACUUAUUUGUCAAAGUCAAAGGAUUUAACCUUCAGGCCAUUACUUAUAAAUAUUUACGAUGAUUUCGGUGCACUACCAUGUUUGUUUAACAUUAGUAUUCAUAUGUUGAUCUUUUAUCCUCUUCAGUGUUUUGCUUUACUUCUCAUAAAUACAGAAUCACAAGUUCUCCACGAAAACCGUCGUCAUCUGUUCGGUGAAUCAGUGAGUGACCAGUCAGGAUUGUUUGUGGACAUCCUUGCAAAGUCAAGUGUCGAAAACAGCAAUGCUGGUAUUUUAACUUUAUUGUCCUAAAAUUUUCUAAUUUAUUUGACAUAACCCUGUGUUGCAUAUUCUUAUAGCAUGAAUGACUGUUUGUAUGAAUUUGCUUGUGUUUCGGUAUUAAUAAUUUUUUAUUGAUAACAUUGUCUAUAAAAGUAGCAUACCAUCUGAAAAUUUACAAUUUGUAAUCAUGCACAAAUUACUGUCGAGGAAACAAAAGAUCAGUACUGAUUCCAUAUUUCUCAGUAGUACCAUAACCUUGAUACUGUAUAGUUUCAUUAAAAAGCAUCUAAAAUACUAGCCUCGAUAAUUAUCGGACGCUUAACUAAGACUCGUGAACUGCAAACACGAGAGAAUCAAGCUGGCUUCAGACCUGGUCGUGGAUGCAUCGACCACAUAUUCACCAUUCGUCAGGUUCUAGAACACAGGCAUACCUAUCGGCGUCCGACAAUGGUGGUCUUUCUAGACUUAAAAGCAGCAUUUGACUCGGUAGACCGCGAGAUUCUGUGGCAGUGUCUAUCAUUGAAAGACGUACCUCAAAAGUACAUAAACCUUGUGAAAGCUCUUUACUCGAACACUACCAGUCGAGUCAGAGCUUAUGGCUAACUGUCAUCUGUUUUUGUAACCUCAAGUGGUGUCCGUCAAGCUGUCCACUUUCUCCAUUUUUGUUUAACUUCAUCAUGGACCUAUUGAUGGAAAUAACACUCUGGUUGACUGAAUUCUCGGGUAUUGAUCUCCUUCCAGGAGGUCCACUUAUCGACUUCGAAUACGCAGAUGAUAUAGUCCUGUUUGGUGAAGACGCUGAUAAAAUGCAGAGUCUUCUGGUAGCACUGAGCAACAAUGCCAGGAUGUUUGGAAUGCGCUUCUCUCCCUCUAAAUGCAAGUUGUUGCUUCAGGACUGGUCUGCGUUAACACCUGAACUAAGGAUAGGGAGUGAAGUAGUCGAACGCGUUGACAACUUCAUUUAUCUUGGAAUUCUGAUCAGCCCUAAUGGGUUGGUGUCUGACGAAAUCUCAGCACGGAUUCGAAAAGCUCGUUUGGCUUUUGCCAACUUACGUCACUUAUGACAAAGGCGAGAUAUCCGUCUAUCAAUUAAAGGACGAGUAGACUGUGCGGCAGUUCGUUCUGUUCUGCUUUAUGACUGCCAAACAUGGAUAUUAAGGGUAGAAGACACUCGUAAGUUACUAAUAUUUGACCACAGAUGUCUUAGAAAUAUUGCUGGCGUCUGCUGGGAUCACCGGGUAAGCAACAGUGAGGUUAGACGCAGGGUAUUAGGGAAUGGUAGUAAAUCAGUUGAUGAGGUUGUGAAUCUUCAUCGACUGAGAUGGCUGGGCCACGUAUCACGCAUGCCCAACCAUCGAUUACCACGACGUGCAAUGCUGAGUAGUGUUGCGGAUGGUUGGAAGAAAGUUAGGGGAGGCCAAACCAAAACGUGGCAUCAGUGCUUGAAGUCACGAACUUCUAGUCUGAGCCAUGUUGGUAGAUGCAGACUAGUUGGUUAGGGUCCGCGUGACUAUCGUAACCAAUGUUUGGAGAUUCUUGGUGACAUGGCUCAGAAUCGAUCACAGUAGCAUAGGUGUAUACACUUCCUGUCUUCCUUUAAAUCGUGAGAUUAAAAUCACUCCAUAUCUUUCUUUCUACGAACUAAUUCUUCCUUCCUAUACUAUGUCUUUAUAUGCAAUCUUUCUUUUAUAUAUUACCACCACUGAAUUAAGUACUUCUAUGAAUCCUGUGUUCAUCUUGCGGUAUGGCGAUUUGUACCGAUGCGUAUAUGUGCCUGGUCCUACGUUGCAGCUGACUGACUGACUGAUAUUAAGAAGCCAAUGAAUGGAAAUGUCGCUCAGUUGUAUGCAUGUUUAGUUAAUUUUUUUUAAAAUAUUGUAUUGGUACAUGCACUAUAUGUCUUCAUAUUCUUUUCUUUCCAUGUUCUUUUGCAGAUUCCCAGGUUCACCAUGAAAAUCGUCACAAUCUCUUCGGUGAAUCGAUGUGUGACAAACCUCAAGUAGUUGUGGAUCCGGUCACAACUAAAUCCUUUGAUGAGAAUGAUGAUAUAGGUGUUUAUCUUAUUUGGUUCUUUAAUAUUCCUUAUAUGUAGAGAUACCGUUUUCAUGCACCGUUCAUUUUAUGUAUUCAUGCAUAUUUACUAGUAGUAGUGCUUUUGUUAUUUACAAUAUGUGAAAAACUGUAUCACACUGACUGGGUAGUGAUGGGGUUCACUGAGUUGACUGGUUAAAUAUCGUUCAUUUUGACCAUUGCUAUGCGAUAUGCAGUUUUGAAUUCUUGGGGAUAAUCAAUCCUGUACUUUGUUAAAAUAUAGAAAGGUGUUUGAAAUAAAACAUUCAUUUAUGUCAAUUGUUCCACAUUAUAUCUUACCUCAAUGUAAAAUUCAAAUACAUAUUUGGUUGUAAGCAGCUGAUGAGAAACCACAAAAUUUUUUAUAACUGUUUAGUCGGAAACGGGGUAUCAACUCUCUGUGUUUCGAGUCCAAUUCAUUCGGACUGAAUGUUGCUCAGCAGUGACAUUUUUAUGCCUUGAAACCAUCUGACGAAACAACGUGAUAAGCUACCAAUCAGAAUCUUGCUCUUCAUUUGAUCUGUUAUUUACUAUAUAGCUUAUUGCCUCUGACACGACCAAUUACACACCUGAAUCGACAGCUAAGUUCUUAUCAGUUUACCAUUCACAAACUUCUCUCUAUAUCCUGCCUUUAAGUUCAAACGCGGCACCCAGCCUCUACGAUCCCUAUGUUUCAAACAGACGUAUUUUUCUAUACAGACGUACAAGACCACACUACAUUAUAAAAUGAAAAAUAACAAUGAUAUAUAUUAACUAAUCAAAAGUGGUUUUGAGUAGGGGCUGGUAACCAAUUAGGAAUAGUAAGUCGUAUAACAGUAGUUUAUAGGUUAACCGAGAGAUUCUGAUUCAAGAAAUACAUAUACAUAGUAUUCUAGUUACUCAGUAGCUAUACAACAAGAAUAUAAUAGAUAACAAUUCCGAAAACCAGUUCCAACUUAUAUUAUAGCGGUCUCUGAUUUAACAACAAUUGAUCUUCUUAGUAUAAUGAAAACUAACAAAACAAAAAAUAGAGUCAACAUCACUCUUUGUUCACUUUACAGAAAUUUCACUAUAUAGAAAAAAAGUUUCUGUUUUGGUUCGAUUACAAUUUAACUCAUUCAGGGAAACAUAUUAUUCUAUGAAUUAACCACCAUUUCUCUUAAUUAUUACAUUUUCAUAUAACAUUUACCGAUAUUUUGUCUGCCUUUGAAUUCACUGUCUCAAUCAUUAGUAGGAUUAUUAAGAUAAAUGGUAGCUGUAUAUUCUGUUAAACUUCAUUUAACUCAUCUUUUUUUAAUUUGUAUCAGUAACUUUAAUUUAUCUUUGAUUUCAUUCUAGCUCAUUGUUUUUUUUCCUAAUUGUACACUAUUUUCUUGACGACUGAAGUUUAUUGAUACUUAAUUACUUUAAUGACUAUUUCUUUGUUUAUUCCUAUGCUUUUUUUUAACAAUCAUGAUAGCAUUUAUCCUAUGAAAUUAUCAAUACGUACAUAUUAGUUUCAGUGAAUAAUUGAAGCUUGUAAAAUUAGAUCAAUUUGUUAUUUGUUUACUUGUUUUCAUACAUUUCACUGUAUAAUGUACGUUGGCUUAUACCUUCUAGUGCACUCUAUAUCACAGUUUUUGUAUGAGUAUGUUUUAUUUCAUCUUUUUCUUGUUUUGUUCGCUAAAUCUACUCGUUUUGUUUGUAUACAUAGAUUCUCAGGUUCUCCAUAACGAUCGUUGUAAUCUUUUUGGAGGAUCAAUCAAUAACCAAUCACAAGAACUUAUCGAUGAUACUACAAAAUCAAUCACAGGUAGUCAUGUAACAGGUAUUUGAAUAUUUUUGACUGGGUGGAUAUAUUAGUUAAAUAUUUAAUUUAGAUAUACGGAUGUUUUACAUAUUCUGAAUAAACACAGAAAAGUAGAUAAUGCUCACUGAUCAAAAGCUUAUAUCCAAUAAUAACUCUUCCAAAUACUGACCUUGGCGACUUCUCACUAUUCGAGUUGAAUGCCGUAAAUUUGUUUCGACAUUUCAGUUUGUUAUAGUCCUUUUUUAGCUAACACUAUUUCAUAAAUCACCUAAUAUUCACUUCCUUAAAUUUAUUACCAUUUCUGAUCAUUUUAGGUCUGUUUGAAACAGUAUCCCAAACCAAUUGAGUAUUUUUGUUGUUGAUAACGUUGUUUUCCCAUGUCACUUUAAGGCAAUGAGAUGCCCACGUCUCUUGAAGAUUCAGAUGAAUUAUAUCGUUAUUUCAACUACAUUCUGUUUUUUCAUAGAUUCCCUAACUAAUCACGAUAAUCAUCGUAUUUUGUUUGGAGGAUCAAUAGGUACGCAAUCGCAAGCUUUCAUGGAUUUGGCUGAUGAUAAUGAUCUGGGUAAUUUGUGCAUAUUUUUCUUAGAUAUAUGCAUUACUCUUCACUAAACUAAUCCACUUAAGUCUUCAUUCUUCCAUAGAUUUAAUGACAAAAGGAACCUGUUAGAGAUUUUAUUGAUAUAACGUUUCAUUUUCCUGUUGGUUGUAAGGAUCAUAAAAAUUGCUUCGCAUCCAUCACACCUCUAGUUCUUUAUUAUACGAUUUUUGAAUUACGUUUCGAUUUUUCGAUACUGUCAUUUAUAGGCUUAUUAAAGUUUUUGGAAGCUGGUACUGUUCAUUGAUAUUUAUUUACCAGGUACAGAAUCAUGCACUUGGCUUUAAGUCACACUCUAAGUGAUACUACUGCCCGGUUAGCCAAAACGUAAUAGAUGAAGUAGGUUUCGUACUACGUACUUGGUGGUUGAACACCCUAACCACUGAUCCACCUCUUCUUAAUGGUGUAUUUGUUUGUGCUUGUUCAGUUUUUUGCGUCUAAUCGUUUUUCCACAUAUUUAAAUGGAUUCUAUUUUUAAAAACAGUAAAUACGAGAUAACGGUUUUAAUAUGUUAAUGGAAAACCUCCUUGUUAUAUUCUCCCUCACUAACUCUUCUUACUGCUUUUCUGAUUCUUGAAAGUAUUUAAUUUUGGGUUUACUUUUGAAGUUAAGUGUUAUAUUUUCUUGUCUGUGUUUUUCUGUCGAUAGAUUCCCAGAUUCGACAUGAAAAGCAUGGUAAUCUAUUCAGCGGAUCAAUAUGUGUCCCGUCACAAGAAUCAACAAACGAAGUGAAAAACUCAAUUAUCAAUAGUAAUAAUUCAGGUAUUUCAUCUCCACUUUUGAACUAAAACGAUGAUGAUAAUGUUUUACUUCAUCAUAUGAUAAUUUGAUAAGUUUUCUUCCAUAUAUUCGCAGUGUUAUUUGCCUUUUCAGUUGUAAUUUUCAAAUAGUUUAAGUAUUUCGUUUUACUGGGAAUUAGUAUAAAAUAACAUUUAGUCACAGAUUAAUCAUGUUACUAUAAAAUACCGUCAUUUAUCCUGUCAAAAAUAGAUUUUAUCUUUUCGUUUCACUAAUUAUUUUUUUCUGUGAUCCUUCUUGUCAAUUUCUUUUGUGUUUUUUUUAGUUCAUUAAUUUCUAAUAACUAGAAAAAUGGACUAAAACAUGGAAGCAGUUGGAUGGGCAAAUCGCCUUUCAGGAUCACUAAAACAAUAGGAUAUCAUACAUUACAAUGCAGACAAUCGUAAAAAUACUUCAUCAUAACUUUAGCUAUUUGUUUAUAAUUAAAGUAUACUGAAUUGUAGUUUAAAUGUCCCGCAGCAACAAUAAAGCUACUUUUAUCUAAUUUUCAUCAUCUAUUUAUAAAUCUUCCUGAACAGAUUCUCAUGAAAACUGUCGUAGUCCAUUUGGCGAGUCUACAUAUGACCAAUCACAAGGCUUUGUCAAUGAAAGUGUAAAGUCAGCUGUAAAUAAUCAUGAUGAUCCAGGUAAUUUUUACAUUCAGUUGAUUCGGUAUAACUUGUACUAACUGGUUUGUUAAACAGGCUAACAAACGUCUUAGAAUAAAGUCAAUUCCAUUCUAUAUGCUCUUUAGCUUUCACAUAUCGAUAACUUUCUAAAGAAAUAAUAUAUAGUUUUACAGUUUCGAGAUCAAUAUUUAUAAACCAUGACAAGCCAACAAUCUCCACAAACCCUUUAUAUUUGAAAUAUUAAUUUGCUCACAAGUGACUAACUUUGAGAUGUUAUUCCAAAAGUUCUAGUUCAAAGGUUUGAUUCGUGAAAUUCAACCAUGUCGAGUGCAAGUCAAUUACUCACCACAUGUAAUGGAAGUCGUUCGUGUAAUAGCUCAAGUUCAUUGAAAUUGAACAUGUAUAUCACAUCAUCAGACCGCAGCUCAGUAGUCUCGAGACCUUAGGUCCUGGGUAUGAUCCUCUCCAAUGGUGUCGUAGAUGCACUACUGAAAGGAGGCCCAUACUUAAACGAAACAGUUAUCCAGUGCCUACUAGUUUUCGGCGGUUUCCUAAAUAAAACCAAUUGAUUAUGUAAACGAUGGAAAUGCGCACAUAAUGACUCAUUACUAUCCACUAUGAUCCUGCAGAAGCUCGAUUUAUAUGACAAUAAAAUAAGUAAGAUUUUUCUUUGUAAUGUCCAUCUACAUAAUGUAUUUGCGAAUCAGUUUCAUUGACAUUACGGUUGUGACAAUAAAGAUAAUUCGAAAAACCCUGAAAACUAGGAGUAAACGUGAAUACUUUCGUGAUUAAAAUGGUUGUAAGUCGGGUAAUCCUGUAGUGAUUAUAAUGUUAAUAGAACUGAUAGUAAGAACAAGAGACAGAAGAGUUAUGUUGAUUUACUUAAAUUAGCGACAACUAGUCAUUUUGAAGAAUUGCUAUAAGGGUAUGAGUAAAAAAGGAAGAACAAUCAUAAGAUUAGUGGGCUGAUGUUAUAUCGGCUAACUAGUAAUAGUAAUAGUUUUUAAUCCAUUUAAUUUUCGUUUAAGUCGACAUAUGUUACUUCGACCCAUUUACAGUAUUAAAGUAACUAGUAUUUCAUGUGUGACAAUUUCAUAGUCAAAGAGUUUCGCAUUGACUUAUUCUCGUCACAGAUUAACUUUUUGAGAAUCCCGAUUUAUCCACGCUUAGUGGCGACCACCUUAAUGUAGCAUAAAAAGGUGACUCAGAACUUAAAUAGUAAUAAUACUUGCUCAUUAUCACAAUGAAUUACAGAAUUCAUGAUUGUUUAUAUUCUCUUUCAGACUUUCAGGAAUCUGAGCACCCUAUUUCUGUGUUUACGACUCAAGUAAGUGAUUUCUCCCAACCUGUUCUAUAAAAUUACUGUCCUUAAAUAGAUUGACUGUUAUUAUUCAUAGAGAUUCAUCUCUAGAAUUUAUGAUAACCAAUAGGAUUGGUUAGUGAUGCCUAUUUCAUUCUUACCCAUAUACGCCAUGUGGAUGUAAUUAAGGGCGCUUACUUAUAUUUUUAAUCUCUGUAAACAUCCUGCAUUCUUUAGUGUUAUGAACACAAUGAAUACCUUGACAUUUUUUUAAGAUGACCCUUGGACCUGUAAACCUUAAUAUAUCAGAUGAUUUAUCUUUAUUAACGUUCUUCUUUAGUCUAAAUUUUCAUUUUGCUUGUAUUAAUUCUCCUCAUGCUCGUAAUCUGUUCGUUUAGUUUUAUUUAAAUUUGAAUCUCUCUACCACUGUUUCAUUCUCCAUACAUAGAAUUCAUCUCGUCGACGAAUUUUAGUUUUUGAUGAAGAUGAUGAAGAAGAAGAAGGGAAUGAAGAAAAGAAGGAUAAUAGCUGUAUUGGACCAGCUUCACUCAUACGGAAUAAUCCUUUUAAGUCCACAUCAGGUUUGUUUUUGCAUGUUUCUUAUGUAUAUCUUUUGCAGAAUCUAAUUUUACUGGUGACAAUUUACCAGAAGUACUCCAUACAGAUGAUAAUGUGGAAUUAGAGGAUAAGAGCUCAAGUGUUGAUGAAUCAGAUGAUCAUACUAUUGAAGCAGGAGAUGAUGAAGAAAAUAUUGAUCCUGAUGAUAUAACUGACGAAGAUAAUCGCAGUGAUGAUGACGAGUCCUCGGAAAGAGAUGAAGAGGAAGAAAAAGACAAUUAUCUUGAUGAUGAAGAGGAAGUUCAGCGUCUAACUAUACAGUCGAAUGAAACUAAAAAAAAGAAAAAGUAAGUGAAAUGCUUUUCUUCUGUCUUGCCAACAGUUUUUUUCAUACCGAUAGAAUUCCACCUUUGAGUUACUUGCACAGAUACUUAACAUGUCAUGUGUUAUUUUUUUAGAUUUCUUACAUAAUUGGUGAUCAUCAUACCCUUGUGUAUGAGUAUUUGUAGUGUUUUAGUGUUAUCUACUUUGUUUCAAUGUUUACUUACUUACACUGCUAUGACUGACCGCCACAUCUCAGAAAGGAUGUUUGUCUCAACAAUACACAAUUCGAAGAAGUUAAGUAAACUUUUUAUUUGACUCGAGUAAAAUUCUAAUAGCAAAGAAAAUUAGGGGGGUCGACCUGAGUCAUUUUUAUGACUUUAAAUUAUACAACAAUCAAACCAAUAAAUAAAUAAUGCCUAGGUAACUUUUGGGCACUUUAUAACCUAUGCAAAUAUUUUUUUCUCUCAAUGAUACUGUUUUCUUGAAAAACUGAAGUUCAUCACUUAUUAUGUUCCUAUUUCAUUAAUUAAUAAACGAAAUAACUAAUCAGUUUUGUAAAUGAAUAUUUUGUAUGUUAAAUGUAAACAACUGAACUUGUGAAUCCUACAUUAGUUGAAAGAAAAUCAUCUUUAUUUUGAUUUACCAUUUUGACGCUUAAUAAUACUAAUUUGUUUAAAUUCCGCUUGAUAUCAUAAUUUCAUAGUUUCAACAAAACAACUUGCUUAAAGUUUAUAUAAGAACUUUCGUCUAAAUUUGAACGAAUAGUUUCACAAUAUUUGGGCACCGAGUUAAUGUGAGUCAUUAAACAGGAAUAAUGUAUUUGUAAAAUCUCAGCGAAAGAAUUUGAAGUAAAUCCAACAUUUCGCCUGGCAAUCUGGUCCAAUCUUUUUCAAGGAAAAUAUAAUCAAACAACAAAAUUAUCGAAUAUUAAUAGGUACAUGGUUCUCUGGUUUACUGUAUACUGAAUAAGUCAUCCAAUCAACGUGAACAAUGUUUAAAGUAGGUAUUCACAUUAAUGUGUACGAGAUAUGUGGUAUGAAACGAAAAGUGUUAAGAUAACAGAUUGUGUGUAUACGUAAGUGAUUUGAGAAGAAAUUUCAUUCAACUAUAUUUUGUCUUCCGUCUGUGUAUAUUAAGAAAACAUAUCAUUUUAUAUAUGGAAUAAAUCAAAAAUGUCACAGCAUGCAUUAAAUGAAGAUAAAUAAAUAAGUAAACAAGAUAAAAGACUGAAUUCAAAGAGGAGUGUAUUUGUAAUUGAAAGUUUGUGUUAUUUUAAUGUUUAAAGCUUUUAUUCUGUUUUUAAGACUUAUAUUAUACAUAAAUAUUAUUAUAUAUUUUUAGAUUUCGUAUAAACGACUUUGUGGAUGAAGAAGCCGAAUUGUCUGGUGAUGAAAAUGAACGAGCAUAUUUCAUGGACGAUGAAGAUGAAUUAGAUCCCAAUGAUGAUGCUAAUGAAGAAUUCGCUGACUUAAUUGACGAAGAUGAUUCAGAUAUUCCGUCAGCUGGUCGUUUAAGACGUCAAAUUGAACGUGUACACCACCGCCUUCAAACUGAUCAAGAUCUACGUGAAAUACGUUAUCUAAAGGUAUAUUUACGUAGAUUUUUAUUUUUAUUUGUCCAACUUAUCCGAUUGUUAUUCUGACAACUUUUAUCAUUAUUCAGUCAGUUAGUAGAGGUUGUUUUUCGUUUUACAACCAUGUCCAUUAUUGCCAUUGAAAGACGGUUACGCAAUAUCAUGAACUGAUUGAAGUUAGAUAUCUAAAUCAUUGAGUCCCACCUCGGAUAUCUGAAAGUUAACAGCUCGCCACUAGACCUAAGGUCCUGGAUUUUACCCCUAGAGUCGUAGAUGCGAACUACUGAGGAGCCUUAUCCUGGGACAAAACUGUCUAGUAUUUUGUACUAGAACAGUCCGUUAAGUAAACUAUGAAUUUCAACAAUCUUCGCAAACCCACUCCUUGCGCUAAUAUUUUCAUAGUAUUUACCCUGUUUUGAAUCUCCAGUUUGUCUUCCUCUAAUCCGUCACCAAAAGGUCACAUAGUCGUCAUAACAAUUUUUUAUAAUGAAUUAGAUUUCCUGCUCAAUAGUUGCCAUAUUGUAUUGAGGAAACCAAUACUUUAAAUUUGAACCUACAUGAUUGUCAAUCUAUUGAAACUGUUCAUAAUCCUUUAUCAAAGCCUGUUCAUCGUGUAUUUUUUUUAAAGAUUCGUGCACAAUUCAAUUUAACUACUACAUUGAUAAAUAAAUGUUCUAUGUAGUUCACAAGGAUAAUUAUGGUGAUAUUGCAUUCUUUCAUCUAGAUGGUUUUGUUUUGAAACUUUCAUUAUCUUUCUUGAUAACAUCAUCGAGACAAACUUAAAAGCACCGACCUCAGAGAACGCAAUCCUAUAGUAAUGCUUAUUAUUAUAUGUAAAUCUGAUAUGCGUACUAACAUAUAUUCUUCUACAUAGAAAUUCACUUAUGAACUAAAGAUUAGACUCGUUUGCAGAUUAUAAUUGAAAACAUCAGACAGUAAAAUGUCACAUCGAUGAAUACAGUCAGGCUUUUUUUUUCGCUAACGCGUAGAAAUAGUGCUGACUAUCUUCAUUUAAAGGGAUACACUAAUGGUGGAUGAGUUGAAAUAACGUCCCUCAAAAAUAUUUAGUAAUUAAUCACCUCUGAAUGGUGUUUCGGUGCGUUUUGGUCACCUUUAUUAUCUGGAAAAUCAAAUGAUCUACCUGACAAUUUAAUUUGGCCAAUUGUUCACCUAUUCAAGCCCCGUAAGCUUAUUUCGUUUUAGAUAGAGUUAAGUCACAUUAUAAGAAUAGUUUAUACUAAGGUACAAGUGUGUGUGGUAGUUACGUAAUUUAGCGCUCCUUUAUAGUAUAUUUCACAAUGAUAUUGAUUUUUUAGAGGAUUUAGUUAACGAAUUUCUCCAACCUUUAUAAGAUUUAUGUACGUAAACAAUCGUUUAGUUAUAAAAAACCAAAAACUGUGUUUCCAUACAUAUAUACCGGUAAUGUUUUGCUUACCACAUUUUGUUCAAAUUGUUAUCCAGUAACCAGAUAUAGUUUUAUAUCAGUAUGUCUCAGCGUAUUCACUGCGACUCGAAAUACCCAUAUUUUCUCCGAGAAUAUUCUUAUUAGAGCGAUAUUAAUCAUAUUUUAGUGAUUUCUAUCGUUGAGAUGUUUUCUUUAAUAUUUUGACAGGAACUUUAUUUUGAAGACGGUGAUUUACAUGCUGAAAAUGGACGAGUUCGUCAGAGACGUUUUCGUUGGCGCGGUUUAGGUAACCUUAUUAUAUAAGUAUUUUUUAUGAAUGCUUAUGUUCCGUUUAUGAAUAUGGAUAAAAUUGAAUACAAGAUUUCACAGUUUUAAAAUUAAACAAACUAGGUUGCAUGUAUUCAAGGAAUUUCUCUUUAGAUAACUAGUUACAUGUUCAAUAUCUCUCCAUUCAAAGAUACUUAAGUAUGUCCUACAGACUUAUAGGCAGUUGUUUUAACUAUGAACAAUCCUUAGCUAAAUCUACACCUGAUACUUUUUUACCAAUUUCCUAGAUGCAUGAUUCGCUAGCUGGGUAAAGCCAUAUGAAUCAUCACAUUUAAGUUCUAUGUGUUGACUUCUUAAAUGUAGCAUACUUUCAUUCACAGAAUCCGACCUAGAGAAUUACGUCAACCGUUAGCUUUACAUCGACUAAUUUGUUUGGUUUGUUUUACAUCUCUGUAAUGUAUGUAGACUAUUUCGUUGCCUUUAAAAAGAAAUAACUUCUCAUUGAAGUCAAAGUCAAUUGAAAUGUUAUGUCAUUCAUUUUCUACACUAAUUUCUCAUUACUGUAGAAAUAUGAUAAGGGAUGGCGCAUUGCUUUUCACUCUACUAGUUCUUUCUAAUGUUCAUUCGAAUUUCUCGGAUGUGUAAAUUCCCAAACUAGAUAUUUGAAAAACGUAUUAAUCAGUAACUUUAUUUUUAGAUAAUGAUGAUCCAUUUGAUGAUCAAAUAAACAUGGAUAAUAGUGGUGGUGAUGAUGAUAAUUCAAGUGAAGAUGAAAAUCAUGGUAUACCUUUUGGUCCUAUAGACAAUUGGUUACGUCGUGGUCCAAUGAAAUCCUCGAAUGAUGAAAAUAAUCAAUCCAUUGAAAAUGAUGAUUUAGAUUCUGACACAAUACAUUCAUCAUCUAAUAAACAAACAAAUGAUAAAGAUCCUAAUGAUUCAGUAUUAGAAUCUGAUGAAGAAAUGGAAAAUUCGAAAAUAGUAACUGACGUCUUAUCAAAUGGUGUAAGUUCACUCUCACUGCUAAUAUAAGUAUUUAUUUACAAUUUAUUGAUCACUGAGUAAGUGUCCAAUGUCAUUUAUAUCAAGUCCUUCUUAGUGAUGUUUGAAUUCUAUCAGCCAAGUUAAAAUUUAGCCACUAGUUCAAGUCACUCGACAUCGCGUGCACUAUAGUGAAAUGUAAAAUGGCGUUUGAAAUCAGUCAAUUCGAAACCCUACUUCUCCUAGUUUUCAUUCUAUUUGGCACUUGGUCAGUAAGGUGUGCUAGUAAUCUCGGGGGAACUAAUGUUCUCUAGUGGAUUCGACCCCAUAUCGCACAGCUUCACAGUCAAAGAAGUUACAAUUGUACUAUUCACUAAUAAUAUUGAAAACCGAAUGUUUUUUAAAUCCUUUUGCAAUAUUCGAUAUGUAUUCUGAUCCUAUAAUCAAACUGGUGAUGAUAUGUACUAUUCAUUUCAGAUGUAUACAAUAAAGUUAUCUUUUUCCUUUAUUUACUAAGUUUUCUAUUUGUAUAAGUUUACAACUGUAGAUUAGUCACAUUUUAGACCAUUUCAAUUUAUUAUUUGCUGUAAACUUAAUUUUCCAGCUGUGCAGUUGUUAAGAUAUACUUCUAUAUAUUAUCUUUUUAAUAGGUUUUAUCUUUAGGAAAAAAGGCUUUACUAAAAUCUCAAACGAAGUUGAAAACUCAAAUAGUUGUACGUAAUAAGUUACCAGUCAAUCGUGGUAAGUUAUUUAUUUAGUGCUUGUUAGGAAUAUUCAGCGUUGGUAUCAUUUUUCUUCAUCAAAUCUAUGAUCAUAGUCCAACAUCCGAUUUCUGUAGGCCAAGAAUUCUGAGUCAAAAUUUUGAUGAAUGUAUGAACAUGAUAGUAAGGCUUAUCGACUAAACAUCAAGUGACUAUAGAUAUAUGGUGGAAAUCUGUUGAAAUUCUCGAAUAAAUAAGUGAACAUUGUUGCAUAUUGAGAACUACUAGCGGGAGUAUGAAUCCAAACUUAUGUCUAUGAUAGCGUUGCUGACCCUUACCAACGUUGGAUUGGUUACAACCGUGCUAUCUUCAGCGUGUAGGAAGUUCUCUCGACUGCAUUCGGGUGUCGUUAGACCACCAAUUUACUUAGUACGCAGCAAUUUGUUCGAUAUACGAGCAUUUGGUAAAUACAUCGGAAAUGUGUAAUGUGAUAACAAUAUAGCUACGAAAAUGUUUGACUUUAAAUAAUUAAAGUCUCAUAGAGCCAUUGCUGUGAUAGACGCUUCAGAAUAUACCAAAGACAAUCGGUCUUAGUAAAAGGCAUGCUAGAAUUAAAGGCAUUCAUAGACAUAUAAUAGCACCUCUCCUACAAUUAGGUUUGUUUCUGAUUAAUUUUGCUUAGCCCUUCAAUUCACUUAUUUAGAAGAGCGUUGUUUGAUCAGUAACAAUUUGUAUAUCUUGGUAUUCUUAUCAUGUAUGCUUGAUCAUAUGCGGCAGCCUACACACAUAUCCCUCUCUCGAGCUUAAAUGUUAGUUGCUUUAAGAUCGCUUGAUGAAUCAUUCACUUUCCAUAUUUGUAUGUGGUUGAAUCUUAUGAAUUGAUUCGACUCUGAAUCCGCCUAUAUAUUUGCUUGCUCGCGCGCAUUAGCUUUUCUGCUCGAAUUCGCUUGGUAUGUUUGUGGCUUUGUGAUCUGCGCUAUUCAAUGAUAAACCGAAGUCGGCACUUUCGUGUUGCCUUCUGAAUUCAUACACCGUGCGAUUUAUUUAAUAACAUUUAUUUGGGGCGAUUGGUCUACGAAGCCUAAAGAAUUAUCUCAGAGCCAAACUACUAAAGUACGCUAAUUCAAAAAUGACUUCAGUCGCGGGAAUGUGUACACAAUAAUGGGGCGAAGUGACAUGAAAAAAUGGAACGAACUCACUUUAGGUUGGAAAAUUUUUAUGAUAUUGAACGAUGAAAAAAAUAGUCCACCCUCGUACAGUAUUCAUAUAUAUUUUUUACAUAAAUGUGAUACUUGUACUGAACACUCACCGUUCAUGUAUGAUUAUACUCUAUCCAGAAUAGUACUUUUCUCGUUACUUAUUAUUGAUGUCACUCACACACCACUCUAGUAUUCUUUUCGAAAUUAGCUAUUUUUCACAUUAAUGUACAACUUUCUUCACGAGGUCACUGUACGGUCUAGUACUAUGUCACAUUUUCAUGAAUUAUUCUAGAUUUUGGACGGACUAAUUAAUUUAAUCUUCUUGAGUCAUUAUUCACAUACUUUGAUCAUGUCAGUUAUUCGCUUAUAAUCUUGACUUUUUAUAUAAGCGUAUAUGUUUAGCACUCAACUAUUACAGUAUUCCGAAUUACUCACACAAAUGUCUUAUUUAUUGCCCAGAUAUUCACUCCAUAAAUACAUGUUCAUUUUUUUACACGCUUAUUAAUUUCAUCAUAAUCUCGUUUGGCUCCAGUCUGAUCGUACACUAAUGUUGGCUAUAUUCAAUCAGUUAUAUAAGUACGCAUAUGUAAGGCGUCAAUUACAAAUUUAGAAAUCGGUAUAAACCUAACAAAUCAGGUUACAAGAACAAUUUUAAAUGUUUCUCAAGAUCGUGUCAUUUGUGCUUGUUUCAUAAAGUCGUUAUAUUAGCUAUCAAACAUCUGUAAUAUGUAACUGUCACGCCUGUUAUUACGUAUAACAAUGUCUAGUGUUUGAGUAGGAUGGAAGAAAUUAGGAGUGACAAAAUAAAAGUAGUACCAAUCAGUGAAGGUCUUUGCUGUUGGACAAGGCUGUCUUUCGAGCUUCUAACUUUCUGGUUGAGAUAUGCGCUGUAAUCUACUGAUUAUGUUAAAUUAUUCUAAUAUAUUUGGCGACAAGAUUCGAAAUCAGUCAGAAUAGCUCAUAAUUAUUCUAUUUCUUUUCAACCUGUAUUCUCUGUUUUCGUUAUCACUGACACUACCAUUAUUCACACUCCUUUACCCUUCAUCUCUUUAGUUCCCUCUCAGCAUAUUGGUGAGAAAGGUGGCAACUUGAGCUAAUGGACCUAUGUCCGAAGUUUUAAGCUGUUUAUGAUUGACUGAUGUCUCCUCCACGGAUAACUAUUUCAAUUAAUCGGACUUUUUACUAGUCUGUUAUUCUGCUUUACUAAAAGGCUAUUGAAUUUUGGUUUCUGUAUAUCCUUCAGAAUAUUUAUAUUCAUCAUAGCUCAAUGUAUCCAUCACAAUAGUAUUACAGCUUAUAUGCUACUGUUUAUUUCUCUAACUCUGCUUAAUUAAUUGCCGAAGUACCCAUAUUUAUUUUAAUCUUUCGUAGUAGAAUUUCUCAUUGAUAGUCAGUCAUACACAAUGUAAAACCUGGUACAUGUGUAUCGUUUGGGGUCACUACACUACAUAACUACUAAGAGAGACACCAGAGUAGUAGAAUUAGUAAUGGUUUUAACGAUGGCAGGAAAGAUUAGGUAUAGGAAAAUAUAUUUCAAGAGGUAAGUAAAAAUUCAUGAAAUUAAAGAAAAUAUUAGAUAAUUGUAAAUCUAAAAAUUUAAGGAAAAAAUAUAGUGGUUGCAUCUGAGCCAUUGCAAGUGAUUGACAGUCACCGGCAAACGUUAGUUAAUUCACAAUCUAAUACAUUAUUAUUAUGCAAUAGAGCUUUUGGUUAUUAAAACCAAUAUUUUAAACUAAUAUUUCAAUUUUUUCUGCUCCUCUGAAGGAAAGACCAUCAAACCAUCGUCUACGCUUAGAAGCCCAUUGAUCUCUAAUUAUUUCUUGCAACCCAAACCUCAUAAUCUACCUAUUAAUGAAGGUGUUACUAAUGAUACAGAUAAUAGUAAAGUUGACAGUGUUAUCAUUUCUAAUAAUAAUAAUGAUAAACCAAUUGCUCCUGUAAAAUUUAAUGUUAACAAUACUGGUAGUGAUGUAAGACUUCAAAUGAUCAGAGUAAGUUUACUAAUAUUUAUCAUUUUAUUAUAUUCUUUAUUUUUUAUAUUCUUCCUUGUCUAGUAUAUCUUGACUAAUUAACACUUCGCUUAACUGUAUUAUAAAUCAGAUAAAGAAUGGGUCAUCAAUAAGAUAUAUCCUAAUAAACCGAAAUAAUAAAGAUACAAUAACAUCAUCACAAGAGUUGAUGUAGAAAUUGUAUCAGAAACCCUUAGUAUCUUAUUAGUUCGUUCACUGAUACAGAUCAGUUAAUAACGAUUUAUCCAGCUAUUUAUUAAAAAAAAACCAAAGCUGUUUAGUAAGCUUUAUUCUUAAAAGUCGGAUAAUAGUAUUAACAAGCAUAUUUGUAGGACUUCACAUUGAUGAAGACACUUGUGUUAUGUCUUUGGCUAGAUAAAUAAUUCACUUUUUCAUACUAACCAGGUCACAUUUGCGCCUCAACAUGGCUGUGAGGUCGAUACUAAACCCAAGGGUUUGGCUUGACAGUUAGGUCUCAAUUGAUUGGAGAAUAAGUGACCUACAAGCUGAUUUCCUCCAAUCGCCUAUGACAUUUUAUCAUAUUUAUUUUGUGUUCAUAUUCUGUAUAUAAGCAUUACAUGGAAAACUACCACUCUGACUAGUGGUUUUGUCUUUGAUUUCUACAUAUUCGCAGUCCUAAAUCAAUUGUACGUUCACGUGAGUAGCCAACACUCAGCCACAUUAUAUCACUGUCUUGAUUCUUGUAACUACUUAUAUAUGCUUGCUUAGUACUAUUUUCCAAAUGAAAUCUCAUUCGUAUUUUAUAGCGUGGUUCUCUAUUGAGUCGUUUUGCUGGGGGCCUUGUUCCUGGUUGUAAAUCUGAAACUACCCAGAUUCAUUCAAAUGUUAACGAUGGUUUCGAUGUCGGUACGUCAAAAAGUGAAAGUCGUCGCGACCAAACACAUCUAGAUUUACGGAGCAAGGUCGGUCUAUCGUGCUUUAGUGUUAUGACGGCUCAAAUUAAACCAGAAAAAACCGACCCAUUUGAUGAUAACGGUGCAUCUAACCAGAAUUCUCUAAGAUCCCGUAAUUUCGCCAUUAAGGUUAGUUAUAUUUCAUGAAAAGAUGCAUUUAGGUAAUAAUCGCUUACAGCAAUUUAUUUCAGUUUUUACUCAAGCUAAUCAACAUUCACUUCAGAACUUCUAAUUUAAUUAGACUAGCUUUUCCUUCCUGUAUAAGACUUACGAGACGUAUACUUCUGGGAAUGUCUCACAACUGAAGCUUUGAUAAAGCUAACUUAUUUCAUACAUGUUCCGCUAAAAUACACUGUCGAAACAUUUUCAUCAUGCUUUGCUCAGUGUGUUAACUAUGAAAGCACAUUAUGUGUUUACACUCAUCAAUAUUUUGUACCUUAGCCACAGAAGUAAUUUUGUGUAACUAUUCGGCGACUUGAAAACAGCUUUUGUCGUCUCAAAUAUCUGUUUCCUUCCAUGCAGCACGGUUCGGGUAUCAGAUUAGUAUUAGAUCAGUUUUAUAGCUGCUUAUAAUUAUCUUUCUGUUAGUGCUACUGAUUUACAAUAUGGUUCUCAGGAAAUUUUCUGGUAUAUCUCUAGCGCAGUGAUUAUAUUUUCGGCUACUAGACAUCUUCACUUGAUUACAUUAUUCGAUCCUAGCUAUCCUUUUCAAAUUUUUCGAUCUGAAAUAAAUCAGCCCACUACGUAUGCAAGUACCUUAACAUUAGUCCCUUUAGAGACAAAUCAAUGCCUAAUCAAAUUCAAGUAACGAGUUUUUAUAGAUUUAGCAAUAAAUUUCCAGACACAAAUAUAAGCAAUGACCUGCUCACUGUUAAGCUUUCAACUCAAAUAGCAGCGUCAGUAAAGGUAUAUCAUUAUCUAAAAGCACAAACCUGCUGAGUUACGAAAUAUGCUAAAUAGUUCGAUUAGUCUUUCUUCAUAACAUAGUUACUUAAUAUGAAUUUAAGAAAAUACCUUACGAUGUCUUGGCAUUGCAAUAACUCAUAUUGAAUAGUCUGCAUCGUAAAGAUACACUUCACCUGGAACUCCAAAACCACGUAUCCCAUCAAAUAAUAACUAAUUAAAUUUCAUAGAUUUUGUUUUUCUCUGAAUGGUAACAGUAAACCCCAAUAUUUAUUUUUUUCAGCAAAAACGACCAGUUGAUGUGAUUAAACCUAAUUCUGUUUUGUUAAGUCCUCCAAGUUUGAAACGCCAUCGAUCUACUAGUGUGUUUACUGCUCUUCUGUGAAUAAUCUUCUACUCUGUUUUGUUGAGUCAACUGUAAAGAUUUAUUUGAAAAAGCCUUUCAUGUUUUAUAUAUUCCUUUGCUGUAGUUAAUAAAUUCAUGUACUAUAAGCUUUGUUUAAAUCAGUGUUAUCUUUCUGUAUAUUGAGAACACUAAAAUGUGUUAUGUUUUUAUCAUGUGCAACCCACCGUUAAUAUUAAUCGGAUUUAC